AUUGCUGUUUUGCACAAGCUGCAAGGAAGAAUGCCACUUGCUCUUUGUUAAUUCAUCAGACAUAAUGCUACAGAACAGCAUAUUGCUGUUCCACUGCUGCUAAGUUUUGGAGGACAACAGUAUACCACAAGUGCACAAAGCAUCAUGGCAUCAGGCUACCCUCCUCCAUUUGAUGACUCUGUGGAAGUGAGAGAGGGUUUUCUCUGUCCCCUGUGCCUGAAGGAUCUGCAGUCUUUCUAUCAGCUUCAGUCUCAUUAUGAAGAAGAACACUCAAGUGAGGACAGAGAUGUCAAAGGACAGCUCAGAAAUCUAGUCCAAAAGGCCAAAAAAGCAAAGAAGAAGCUGCUGAAACGCGAAGGCGAUGACCGAACUGAUACUGGGACUCAGGAGCGAUAUGAAUCUUUCAGCUAUGGUGGAGUAGAUCCAUAUAUGUGGGAGCCCCAAGAACUGGGUGCCAUGAGGAGCCAUAUUUCUGAUUUCAAGAAACACCGAGCAGCCAGGAUUGAUCAUUAUGUUGUUGAAGUCAAUAAAUUAAUAAUCAGGUUAGAGAAGCUUACAUCAUUUGAUAGAACAAAUACAGAGCCAGCUAAAGUAAGAGCUAUAGAGAAGUCUGUUGUGCCUUGGGUCAAUGAUCAGGAUGUACCAUUCUGCCCUGACUGUGGCAACAAAUUCAGCAUUCGGAACAGACGUCACCAUUGCCGCCUUUGCGGGUCCAUCAUGUGCAAGAAAUGUAUGGAGCUUGUCGGCCUUCCGUUGGCGAGCAAACUCACCAGUGCCAGCAAAGAGGCCCUGGCCUCUCAUAUUAGUCCAAACUCCUCACCUAACAGUAUCCAUGGCUCCCGUCGUGGUAGCAUUAGCAGUGUAAGCAGUGUGAGCUCAGUUCUGGAUGACAAGGACGAUGACAGAAUCCGCUGCUGUAGGCACUGUAAAGACACCCUACUCAAAAGAGAGCAACAAAUUGAUGAGAGAGAAUACACACCGGAUAUUGUGAAACUCUAUGAGAAACUCCGACUUUGCAUGGAGAAGGUUGACCAGAAGGCUCCACAAUACAUAAAGAUGGCAGAAUCAUUAAAUGCUGGAGAGACAACCUACAAUCUUGAACAUGCUAAUGACCUGAGGGUGGAAGUGCAGAAAGUGUAUGAGUUAAUAGAUGCUUUAAGUAAGAAGAUUUUGACACUAGGCUUGAAUGAAGAACCCCAACCUCAUCCCAAAACUCUACAACUUCAGAGAAUGAUUAGAUACUCAGCUACCCUUUUUGUACAGGAAAAAUUGUUGGGUUUGAUGUCCUUGCCAACCAAAGACAAGUAUGAAGAACUGAAAGAGAAAAGAAAACAGGAGAUUGAUAGAAAAUUGUACAUGGAAAGACAGGCAACACUAGAAACACAGAGAAGACUAGAGGAAAGGCAGAAAGAUUUGGCUUCCAGAUCUACAACUGCAUCCAAUGGUGAGGUCCCUUAUCCAAAGAGAGGCACAGUAAAGAAAUCUGAAGGUUGGUUACCUACAUCCAGCUCACCUCGCCAAAGGGAAAUAGCAGAUCCACUUCUUCAGCAGAUUGACAAUAUUACAUCCUUUAUUAAACAAGCAAAGGCAGCUAAUCGUUUAGAUGAGGUCCGUAUGUUGCAAGAGAACCUGCGACAGCUUCAAGAUGAAUAUGAUCAGCAGCAAACUCUGAAAGCUAUUGAGCUUUCUAAAAGGCAGGCAGAGGAGGAAGAGAUGCAGAGGGAGCAGCUUCAGGUCCUUCGUGAGAAGGAGUGGGAAAGGGAGCAACAUAAAGCAAUGUCUCUACACUCAAGGACACGUUCUCUCGACUUCAGAGAAGAGAAGCAACACCAGCAUGACUCUGGAAAAGAAAACCUCAACCAGAUAGCACAUGCAUUGGACUUAGAUAUCACUCAGAUCAAAAGCAGCCCAAGUUCUAAAACACCUUCUCCAGGUGCUAUCCAGCAAAAGCUAACUAAAGAGAACUCAGUCUUCCCAAUUAAAUCCAGAGAAGCUCCACAGUACAUCAGAGAGACAGACCAAAACCAGACAGUUUUCCUAAACCCUUUUGAAGAUGAGGCAGAUACUAGUCCAGCAGAAAACCCUGCUAACACAAUAGCUGACCACAGUUCUCAGGUGGUGUCUUUGACCACCAAAGCCUUGCACAGUGAUAAAAAAGAAUAUAAUCCAUUUGAAGAUGAGGAAGAUCAGCAAACAAAGGGGGCAACUGUUUGUGCUCCAGCUCCCGUUGAAGAUAAUGGAAAUCCAUUUCAAAAGUCUGUGAAUCAUCAGAAUUCUGGCAAUCCAUUUGAAAAGUUGUCUUCUACCAAUCCCUUUGAAGUUGAUGAUGAUGAAAUUUCAGGAGAAGACAUUAUAGAAGAAGAACUCCUUCUCCAACAGAUUGAUAAUAUCAAGGCAUAUAUAUUUGAUGCCAAACACAGCGGAAGGAUGGAUGAGGUGGAAGUACUGACAGAGAAUUUAAAGGAACUGAAGUGCACACUAGCAAAGCAGAAAGAGAAAUCCAACAGCUGAAGCAAUAAUAUGUCCACAUAAAUAUAAUUUUAUAGUUCACUGUUACUGCUGAUGGAUGACGCAGAUAGAAUUAAAAAAAAAAAGGAGCACAGGUUACAAGAGGGAACGAUGAAAAGAAUGUUGAAUUUUGUGUUAUGCACUUUCAUUUAGGUGUUUUCCCCACUAUUCAGAUUUGGAGAAUAAAACUGACUAUGCUAAUACUAUUACAUUAUUCUCAAACAUUUGAUAAUGCAGACUUUGAAUAGUAUGAACUCUGUCACAACACCAUUGUUUAAAUUGCUGAUCAUCAUCAGAGGUUUAUUUCUGGGCAAAAUGGCAAAGUGCUAAUAGGGGAAAAAAGAGGAUUCAAAAAUACCUGUGAUGCAGACAUCAGUCUCUUUCCUUUUUUGCUUUGGUUGCAAUAUUAUAGGUCAGCCUUUAAAACUGGACUUCUAUUAAUAAGAGACCAAUGCUGCUUUCUAAAAUUUUUUAGCACAAAUGUUUCCCCUGAAAAUAACAGUGCAAGUUGUGAUACAAGGAAGUGCUGUUAAAAAGCAGGCUGCUAUGAUUGAGCUGCACAGUAUAAAAGAUACAAAUCAAUAUGCGCAAUGCAAAUAUGUAAAGGGAUUUUUAGAGAUUUAAAAACAAAUUUGAUAACUGAUCUCAUAAGUGUUUGAAUUUUUUUAAAUAAACUAAAAAGCUGUGGAUGCUGCCAUUUCACUUCCCAAUACCUGUGUUUUUAGCUGCCACCAUUGUGCUGGCCAUAAAACACAGAAUAAAAGUAGAGGGAACUGAGCUGUUCGGAAGUGAAUUGUUUGUAUAAAAAUAAUCUAACUUCCUUUUUAGAGGAAAAAAGUAGCAGAACCCAGUGCAAAAUAAAAGUAAGGUAAAACCAUCAAAUUCCUAAUUACUUUUUUUGAACCUGCACAUUCCUUUGUAACUUCUGGGUGACAGAAUGAUCAUGUGCGUAUUGUUUGUGAGACUGGAACCCUGUUUACAUAGCACUUAGGAAAAGCUUGUUUGCAAUGGAGAAGCUGAAAACCACUAAACUGGAAUUUUGUGAAAAUGUUGGAGGACAAAGUUUGUGGCUAUGAAAUGCCUUUCAGUACACUAUUUGAUUCACUUUUUAAAAGAUGCAUUGAUACAAAUUCACAAUCAAACUUGAUUGCCUUACAUAAAAUAAGGUUGGAUGUGUUUUAAGCUCAAAGUAUGAGCCUUUAUUAGGAUCCACAUGAAUGAAGGACAUCACUUUUGAAGUGUGUGCGCCCAACGUUGGUCACCUAAGCCUUUAUUUAGGUAACAGUUUGCUUCAGUGGAAGAUGCAUGUACCCGGAUCUCUGAAAAAUCAAGCCACUUUUGUUUUCUAAAUCUAGAUUUACAUGCUUCACUUCAGGCACGUUUGAAAGUUUUGGCUUAACCAUGUGUGUGUAAUUUUAGAUGAAAUAGAGAUCAGUGAAUAUGAAAAUGCAAACAGUUGUGACAGCACAAUGCUUUUUGUAAAUAAGUUACUUACACCUCAAAUAUUAAGAGGCAUAUGUUACUUCCUGAAAGACAAAAUUAAGCUUUUUAAGCUUUGUUUCAUUCUGAACAAAAAUCACUAGCGUACAGCUAGUCAUGCAUUCCUUCCCCAAAAUAUUAAAAUUUCCUUUUGUGAAUUUUAUAUCAUAACUGAUUAAAUAAAUCAUUAUUUAAAGCAGUCACAUGUGGAAGAUCCUGUGUUUCUUUAAGUAUCUAAUAGUACCCAGAGCUUUCUGCUGCAAAUUGAGCAUUUACUGAUUGUAUUAUUUAAAAGAUGCUUGAAUAUGAAUGCCAUAAGCCUCUCCAAUCAGACCUGAUUGAGCCCUUUACCUGUGCUGUCCACUCAGUAAACUCCACCCCAAAUAAUGUUUUUGCAAAAAUAUGAAAAAAGUAUCAGGUUGCAGGGACAUAUAACACCUCUUGAAAAAUGCAUGUGAUCCUAGUGCCAGAUUAAUGAAGGCAGGUGAGGUGCAUGUCUCAGUAGCUCUAAGAUUAAUCAAAGUAUGGAAUUAAAAACAUUUUAAAAGCCUUAAAAGUUUAGCAUUUAUUCAUUUAGGCAAAACUGUUUCCUGUACCAAAACAGAACUGCUCGUAGGCAGCAAUCCAAAAUUUAUCUUGUCAAUUUAAAAAUAAAAAAUGGUUUGGUGGCUUCAGCUUUUUACACUGGGAGACAAGAUGAAAAGUAUGUUCCCUUAUCCUGCAUUGUGUUUUACAGUCUAAUACACUAAAGUAUAGUAUUGUAUAUGUAACUAUGUAUUUUACAAGCAGUUAAGAUGCUAGUGUACCUCAUGAUCUCAAUCAAUGUUAAAUGUAAUAGACUAGAACUUUUUAUAACAGUAAAGGUGAUCUCCAAAGUGAAAACCUUACAUCUAUGUGUGGACUGCUGUGGAGAUUACAUUAUAAAGCAGAAGACAGCUUAUUGUCCAUUAACUAACAUUGAUAUGUUAAACUUGCACGCACUACUCUAUACUGAAAAUUUGUAAAGAAAUAAAAAUGACAUGCUUA